CUCGAAUAUAUAAGGAGCAAGCAACAUUCAUGUGUUACUUAAUUCUUACUACACUACUAAACGGAUUUUUUUUUACGGAAACAAUACAUUUGUCAAGUUAAAUAACUCUACAACAUAUUCAAUUUGCGACUUAGGUGUAUUGGAAUCUGUAGUUGUUGCCAUAACAGCUUUCAGUCAUUUGAAAAUUUGAUAAAUUUGAUAAACAUGAUUGGAAAAAUAUGCAUUGUUUUAUGUUUAACAAUUGGCGGGUUUGUCUAUGUCGAAAGCGAAUUUUGUCCGGCACGUACUCCUACACUCGAUGUUGUUCGGAAUCUGGGUAAGGAGGCGUUUUGUGUAUUUGUCAAGUUUUCCAAUGACGAUUUCGUUAAGGCUUUUGAAAGUUCAAUAUGUAAUGACGGAUCCAAGCUAAGGGGCAGUUAUUGUGGUGUUGGUAAAUGCAAUUGGUUCGGCUAUAAUUGUGAUGGUGGGUGCAGAAAAUCAGGUCACACUACACCUCCGGAAAAUUGCGACGAGAUAUAUAGCAAACGUGACGAAAUAUUGAGCCAGUAUGAAUAUUGUACGGCACAAGUCGAGAAUGAGCCGAGUCCAUAUGGCUUAGCGACGCACGGCGGUCUUUUAAAAUCUUAUUCUUAUAAGAAUGAAUGUAUAACUACAUGCGAUACCGCAAGAAAUCGAUAUGAGAAAGUGCGAUACGAUUGUCGCGUUGCUUCAGGUACACUCGUCCCACUGGAGAUACUUUCUAUGGGUAUUUUAACUCCAAUUGUAGUGCCAUCUCUCGUGCACUGUGUAGUUGUUGAAAAUAUGCUUAAACUUCGUAUGGACAACCUAUGUGACAAUUAGUUCAUUAUAAAAAAUCGCAUUAUCAAAAAAUAAGCUUAAUCGAUUUUAUUUGUUGUUUUUGUAGUAUGCAUCUGUAUAGUUGACGUAGCGUUUUUUGCUUAUUGUAUAGUUUCUAUUAUAAAAUUAUAAUUAACAUAUGUACUUAA